GCAAUUUGCAAAGAUGGAAAAUGGAAGCGGAAUUUCAGAUACAGGUACAGCGUACUCCAGCCGGAGGGACAAGGGUAACUGAGUAACUCUCUCUCUCUCUUUUACAAAUCGAUAAAGCGAUGAAAAGGAAGAGGUAGUCGAUUCAAUUUAUCUCAAGCCUUCACGGGAUGCCGGAAGAGAAACAACCACUCUCCCUUUCCCCUCCCUCGAGUCUCGAACACCACCGCCAAGGAGGAGAAGGGCAAGAAGGAGACAUUUCUUUGUCGUCGUCGAUUGACGCGGUGUUAAGAUUCUUCAAGAAUGUGGGAAUCUCCGAGGACGUUCCAGAAGGUGCUCAAAUCAAUGAUUAUUUAUCUCAUCUCAUCCGCAGCUUUCUUAAGGUCGAUCGCAUCGAACGCGGCCGGAUUACUUGCAUUCUCACUCCCAGUCCUCCUCUACUCAACUAUUAUGGUUCGUUGCACGGAGGUGUAGUUGCGUGUGUUGCGGAGUUGAUAGCGAUCGCUUGUGCUCGAACCGUCUCUGCACCCGAGAAUAAGGAAUUGUUUCUUGGGGAAUUGGCAACGUCCUAUCUCUCAACUGCUGGGAGGAAUGUUGAAGUGGAGGUUGUUGGAUCCGUAGUCAGGCGUGGAAGGAAUGUGAUAGUAGUUUCAGUUGAAUUCAGGAUAAAGGAAACUGGAAAAUUGGUGUACACUGGUCGAGCCACCUUCUACAACAUGCCCGUUUCAAAUUUGUGAAUUUCCCACUGUUUAAUUAAUCAAAAAAUUAGCAAAUGAACUGUCUAUUUGUAUAGCGAUAUUAUAAAAUAAACUGUGUAUCUUGUUGCAGUGUAGUAACAGGUUAUACGGUGAAAGGAAAGGAACAGCAAACGCUAUUACAUGUUAUAUUGUCCAAAGUGUGGUAACAAUAAAAUUUGUCACUACAAAAUA